GCGUUGGGAGGGAAGAACGGAGCGCGGAGGUUCUGCGGUCACAUGCCGCGGGGUCCGGUGGGAGGAGCAGUUGCUCAGCAGCCUCCCGCCGCUUCCUGUUUCCGGUUUCUGGAGCGGGGCGCAGCGCGGCACUGAGGGGAGCGCUGGCCGCCGACAGGAACCGAGGGACUGGGGUCCGCGCCCCCCGAGCCCCGCUCUCCGGCUGCGUUUCCCAGCCCCAGAGGCACAUCCUUGGGGCCUUCUGAGCUUCGGCUGCUGCGUUCUCCCCAGACACGAUGUUCCCCUUCUCCGGCUGCUGGAGGACUGAACUGUUGUUGCUACUCCUAGCUGUGGCUGUGAGAGAAUCCUGGCAAGCAGAAGAAAAAUCUUGUGACCUGGUAGGAGAAAAGGAUAAGGAGUCAGAGAGAGAGGUGGCUCUCCUGGAGAGGUUACGGCCGCUGUUUAACAAAAGUUUUGAGAGUACUGUGGGCCAGGGCUCAGACAUAUACAGCUACAAAUUCCGAGUAUGCCGGGAAGCUGGCAACCACUCCUCUGGAGCAGGCCUGGUGCAGAUCAGCAAAAACAAUGGGAAAGAGACGGUGGUUGGGCGAAUCAACGAGACUCACGUCUUCAAUGGAAGUAAUUGGAUCAUGCUGAUAUAUAAAGGGGGUGACGAAUACGACAACCACUGUGGCAAAGAGCAGCGGCGUGCAGUGGUGAUGAUCUCCUGCAAUCGGCACACGCUAGCGGACAAUUUUAACCCAGUGUCUGAAGAACGAGGCAAAGUUCAAGAUUGUUUCUACCUCUUUGAAAUGGAUAGCAGCCUAGCCUGUUCACCAGAGGCCUCACACCUCAGUGUGGGCUCCAUCUUACUUGUCAUAUUUGCAUCACUGGUUGCUGUCUACAUCAUUGGGGGUUUCUUAUACCAGCGACUGGUAGUGGGAGCCAAGGGAAUGGAGCAGUUUCCUCAUUUGGCUUUCUGGCAAGAUCUUGGCAACCUGGUAGCUGAUGGCUGUGACUUUGUGUGCCGCUCAAAACCCCGUAAUGUACCUGCUGCGUAUCGUGGAGUUGGGGAUGACCAGCUGGGGGAAGAGUCAGAAGAAAGGGAUGAUCAUUUGCUACCAAUGUGAUUGCACUUUUAAUGUCCAACCACCUCUUCGGUCCCCAAACCAAAGCAUUCUCAGCCAGACUUCUCAAGCGCCGCUUCUCAUCUCUUGCUUUGCCAUUAAUAUUCUUGCUUUCCAACUGGCUUUUGAUUUGUCCCUAAAUUGCCUCCCUCUUCUCCUAUUAAUUUUCCUCUGCACAGGUGUGGAAGGUAGACAUAGGGCUUGGGGGGCAUACUUUUGCACCCCAGGAAGAGCAAGGACAGUUAAAUAGGCAGAAAGGCACAGGCCCUAGCUGUCACACAAUAAUUAAAAAACAUUUUCACAAGUUAAGACACUGGAUUUCUUUAAUUAAAAAAGCAAAGAUUACUUGUACCUUUGCUUGCUUCAUGUUGUUUCUGCCCUACAGCAGUCUCAUGAGAAUGAUUGUGUAGAGCUGCUUUGCAGUGCUUGCCUGACUGUAACCCAAUAACUCCUGUUUGCGUUGAGCCUGGAGUCAGUCACCUGAUUGUCCUUUGUGUGGGAUUAGAACAGGAAAAAAAUGUGAAACUUCCCAACUGAGGGGCCAUCACAUUGUUUAUAUGUCUUUGGGCGACUUAACAGCUUGAAUUGGGCCCUGGACUGAGGUGGUAAGUCUGUGUUAGGCCCAAUCUGUAUGUAUAUUAGGCCCAAAUGCCUAAUCAAGCAGCCCUAAAGGAAACAGACUAUGCUCUGGAGGUCCUCGAACCUGUCAGCUUGUGUUGGGAUCUCCUUGGUUUUCCUGUUUGUAGUAAAAGCUGGCAAACCUGUUUUUGCUCAUUUCCUCUACUAGUACUAAAGUUGUUUUGCACUUUUCUCACAGGUCUGUAGUUUGGCUUUUUGUAUUUUUCCCAAUCUUAAAGAAAGGGAACGGGAGCAGAAGUGGACGCCGAGGGCUCUGCAGUUCCCUACUGUGGGUGGGGAACACUGCUGUGCCUGUCCCUCCUGCUGGCUCAGGGAAGUGUCUUACUUUCUCACCUAGGGGAAAAGGUUUUAAUCCUCUCCUCCUUUCUGUUUAGACCAUGUGCCCAGAAUCACAAGCUGAUCUCUCUAUAAUACUGAACUCCUAGGCCAUUAAGUAAGAACACAGCUAAUCUGAACACAGGAGAUGUGGAAAAGGCAGGACCAUUUGUUACCUUUAAAGAAGAAAGUGAAAUGGUGUCAUUCUAACUUCUCAAUACUUUUGCAAUGGUAGUGGGGUUUUUGUUUUCUUUCUAUACAGAAAAAUAAUGUUAUUUUUAAAAACCGUAUCUCAUUUGUUGUUUGCAUCCUUCCCCCAUGUUUUAAAUGAAAAUAAUAUACCACUUUUUGUACAAAAACACAAUAAUUAAAAAACAUACAAAACA